ACGGGAUAUUAAUGUUAAUCCCCAUUUAUGGACGGACAAAUUUAGCCUGGUGCCUUUUACCGACCCCAACGGCAAACCUUAUUGGACCAAAGACUAUAAUUUUAUUCCUAACGAUAAGAGCCAAAAAAUGUUUACUCCUCCCCAAGGAGGAAAUAAGCAUGCUGACCUUAUUUAUGCUGACGGGAUUGAUAAAA